AUUGCAAAGUAAAACAAAAUUUGAGAUAAAACAAGUAAAGUUUCCAGAGACAACUGAUAUCAAAAAUAUAGAGAUUGGAUAUACAACCGGAUUUGAUGCUAUGCAUGCAAAAAUUCAACCUGCUACUGUAACAAAAAUUGUCAAUCUAAAACCUAUAGCAGUAUUACAUCUUCAUUAUCGUUCUGUAGAUUGGUUUACAAAUAAGAGAUUGUCUUUACCAAUUUUAAAUUUUAAUCAAGAAAAAAAGGAUGUUACUAAUAAUAAUGAAAAUACAAAGGAAUCUCAAGAAAUCAUUCAAGUUGAAAGUAAUGAUAAUGUUAAACAAUUGAAAAGAAAUUAUGAAGAAAUUAGUAAAGAUAUUCUUAAUGAAAAAGAAUGUAAUAAUAUAUUGAAAAAACUGUGCUGAAUGGUUCUUAUUCAAAAGUUGUUUCCCUCUUUUUUUAGAAGGGACAUUUGAUUUAAAAAAUAAAGAAUUUAACUGCAAUUAGGGCUUAAUUAUUUAGUAAAUAAUAGUAUCAAUAUUAAAUAAUAUAUUAAUUAUUAAAAAAAUG